AACGAGGAUGUGAUGAGUCGGCUGUCUCCGCGGUCGUCCCAGCGCAGCGUCUGAUUGGACCGUCCCCGCGGUCGUUACUAGGGGCGUGGAGCCAAGCGACCUGAAUGGGAAACCCGUUUUUAGAGCCUCGGCGGCGCAUGAACCCAACGUCGAAGAGCGACGAUGACGACGAGGGAACACGGUUGUCCGCGCACGGUACCUGCCGGGGAGAUUGCAGGAGAGCCGAACCCCCUCCAAGCUGGGCGUUGAUUUUACCUGCAGCCUCGGCGCGCAGCCGCGACGGAGGGACGGAACAGCCGCGGCUGGGAGCCAGAAUUCAGCUUUUCUCGCAUCUGAUGAAAUCUCGCCCCGCGUGUCAUCCCAUCCCAGCGCUGUUUCAGGGCCUCUGCUGACAAACUGCGUCACCGGGUGGGCGCUGCAGGUUUAUCAUCCGCAAAGGGUGGAGGGGGGGAAAAAAAAAUAAAAAAUACAAUAAAAAUCAGCAAAAUUGAAGCCAUGCCUGAGAGAACCUGGAAGCCAAAGUGACUGAACUUUAGAAGUCACCAUGGAGCCGGAGGCUAACUCAAACUCUGGGGCUCUCCAGGAGCCCAAGCGCUCCUCUGUGCCCAAAUCUCAAUGCAACCUGGGCAUACAUGUGCACGGGCCCAUGGGAGACGCCAGUGUGACUCUGGUGGACUCUGUAGUGAGAGGUGGAAGUGACCCUUCUUCUGUUUAUCAGAGGAACGGGCAUCAGAGGUUCAUCAGGAGGAGCCUGUGGUUUUCAGACACCGACGAGCAGUCCUACGAGGCCCCCGAGACGGAGAGCAGGAGCAAAAUCCUGAACAUCAACUUGAGAUCAAUAGUGGACAGGACGCGGGGGACCAGCGGCGGCGGCGGCGGGGCUCAGGAGAGCUCCAGCACCGAAAGCCAGUGUGGCCAGAAGGACAGCGCGACAGAGAGCGCCAGCGCAGACGAGGACAAGGAGAGGGUCGGACUGGCUUUCAGCGUCGUCGCUUGCAGCGAAGGUGGCAAAGUGGCCACCAAGGCAGCGAGCGAGGAAACCGAGGAGGAGGCAGAGAUGAAAGCGGUCUCCACGUCUCCGGGAGGAAGGUUCCUCAAGUUUGACAUCGAGCUCGGCAGAGGGUCGUUCAAGACGGUCUACAAAGGCCUGGAUACGGACACCUGGGUGGAGGUGGCCUGGUGUGAGCUGCAGGAUCGUAAGCUGUCAAAAAUGGAACGUCAGCGCUUUAAAGAGGAGGCAGAGAUGUUGAAGGGUCUCCAGCAUCCCAACAUUGUCCGUUUCUAUGACUUCUGGGAAUCUCCUCUUAAGGGAAAGAAGUGCAUUGUUUUAGUGACAGAGCUCAUGACUUCAGGAACGCUAAAAACCUACCUAAAGCGUUUCAAGGUAAUGAAACCCAAAGUCCUGAGAAGCUGGUGCAGACAGAUCCUGAAAGGCCUCCACUUUCUUCACACCAGGACGCCGCCAAUUAUCCAUAGAGACCUCAAGUGUGACAACAUCUUUAUUACUGGACCUACAGGAUCAGUCAAGAUAGGCGAUCUAGGAUUGGCAACACUCAAAGCUGCCUCCUUUGCAAAGAGCGUCAUAGGAACUCCAGAGUUCAUGGCCCCAGAGAUGUACGAGGAGCAUUAUGACGAGGCCGUAGACGUCUACGCCUUUGGCAUGUGCAUGCUGGAGAUGGCCACCUCGGAAUAUCCCUACUCCGAGUGUCAAAAUGCUGCUCAGAUUUAUCGCAAAGUUACCAGUGGUGUAAAGCCAGCGAGCUACAACAAGGUCAUGGAUCCUGAAAUCAAAGAGAUCAUCGGCGAGUGCAUAUGCCAAAAGAAAGAGGAACGGUAUACCAUUAAGGACCUGCUGAACCACGCUUUCUUUGCCGAGGACACUGGUGUGAGGGUGGAGCUCGCAGAGGAGGAUGAUGGGAAAAAACCCACCAUAGCGCUCAAACUGUGGGUGGAGGACCAUAAGAAGUUGAAAGGAAAGUACAAGGAGAGUGGAGCCAUUGAGUUCACGUUUGACCUGGAGAAGGAGGUCCCGGAGGUUGUGGCACAAGAAAUGGUGGAGUCGGGCUUCUUCCACGAGAGCGACGCCAAAACUGUGGGAAAGUCGAUCAGAGACCGCGUGGCGCUGAUAAAAUGGAGAAGAGGGAGGGCGGCGUCUAUCGUAGCUCCGCUGGAUCAGGGUGACAGAGGGCAGAAGAUUAACAUGGCGUCAUCUGAGGGCACGUCCAGUCCACUACCACAUGUCGUACAGCCUCUGGUGAUAGAACCCGAAGACAUGGAUGCAGACCAGCACAGCAGGCUACACAGGCUGCCAACCAGUACCACUUCAGUGACAUCAGACGGCACUCUCGACAGUGGCAUGGGCUCUACCGUGUACUCAGACUCCCACAGCAGCCAGCACAGCGUCCUCUACCAGUCGCUGCUGGAGCCUAUUACUAUGGCAACACAGCAGCACCAGAGCGGCAGCCAUUUUCUGACAGACCGACCUCAUUCCUCUGAAAUCGGUGAAGUUUGGCGGGCGCCACUGAGUCCGCAGCUCAGGGCUCGACUGGGAAGUGCAGAACGAAGGGGAAGUGCCCCCGUCAUUGACAUUCAAAGGGCCAGCCAAAUAGCUCAGCUCCAUGCUUUCAUUCAGGCCCAGAGAUCAGUCAGUCCCAUCCCUGUUGUAAGGGAGGACACGGUGGAGCUCAGCCCCAGGGAAGCCCAUCCUCAGCCUGCCUCCGAAGCUGAGGGUAGGCUUCCCUCUCCAUCCACUCUGCCCGUGUUUCUUCUCUCCCCUCUUACUUCACCCACCGAGCUCCGUCGCCUCAGUGAUGCCGGUGUCAGAUCAACGUCUCCAACGACCAGCGAUAGUUUGGCUCCCCCGCUGCAAAGUCCACGCCGACACUCCGACAUCAGUAGUCUUUUUAGUCUAACCUCUAAUGAAGAACAUCUUUCUGCACUGCAUAAAACCUCGGAGUGUCAGGCCUGCCUUUCUUUGCUUCUGCCAAAGUCCCAAAACGGCAACCACCGUCCCUCCGCCGUCAUCUCGCCGACGUAUCACUGUCCGUCUGACAUGCGGCACCACCCUUUAUUCGUUGGAAAACUAUCGGCCUCUGGUUGCGGACAUCCGAAAGGAUCGUGUGAUUAUUCAAACUUCUCCAUGCUGCAGCAGUCCCUGUUUAAUAUAAUCAACCGGAGAUCAGUUCCUACGGUUGUGGCGCCGGCCCAAACCUCCUCGCUGCACCCCCCAGCAGCCCAUAGGCCGUCCCACAGCGACGGAGAGUGCUCCCCAAAAAGUCCUCCACAGAGCGACGGUUUGUUUGAAGACCCUGAAUCCCCCCAGGACUGCAAAGAGAGACAUUUUUCCAGAGAACAGCCAGCUACCACUGCCGUGGAAGUGGCCAAUUCUGCAGGUCACCAACAUCAGCAGCCUGCCCAGGGCUUAUCCAGCACAACCAUGCCCGUACCUCAGCAGCCCCUUCAGCCUGGACACAGCUACCCCGCUGGACUGUAUGCUGGCCACCCCAGUGGUGCUACAUCCAUCCCAGCCAGCCAGGGCUCCUUAAAUAUCCAGCAACAACCAACAGUUGCAGUUAGUAAUGCAGCGUCGGCUGUGCCGCAACAUUUUGCGCACAGCUAUCACACUGCAGGACACCAACAUCAGCCGGCAGCUUCAGGGUCUCCGACUUUUACCCUCCAAGUCCAGCAGGUUUCUCAGAACCUUGUUGCCACAACUCAGCAACAGACGCCGUCUGCAACAAGCUACCCUGCAGUUCAGCAUCAGAAUGCAGCCGCCAUCUUUGCAGCACAGCAGCCAACGCAGAGCUGCCCUCCUGGCACAGUUUCCUCAGCGACGGCAACGACGACCCUCUGUCAGUCUGCACACGCCACUAGCACACCUCAGCAAGCUCAAGCCUCAGCCGGUCAGCCCGCUCAGCAGCCUGGCCAGAUGUCAUCCACACCAGCACUUUACAGUCAGAUCCUCGUCGGACAGAAUACCCAGUCAGCCGUACAACACACACUAAAUGCUGGGCAAGUUUAUAAUCAAAGCCAAGAAUCUGGGCAUACCAUUAACCACCCUGUGGCACCGCCACCAACGCUCUCCACACAAAGACUUCAGUCUCCUACUCACCAGGUGGACACGCCAACUCUUAUGCAAAACGUGGUUCCAGGGCGGAGUCAGAAUGAGUCCUGCAGCUAUGCACAUUCUGCCGUCCAGCAGGCCGUGCCGGGUCAGAGCCAGUACCAGCUAGCACAGCGCGUCGCCGUGGAGGGAAUUAAUCAAGCAUCGUCUCCUAAAACCUUUUCGGUUUCCUCCCAGCCGAGCAACAGUGCACACAUCCUGCAGCUAAGUGCUGGUCAGAGCAUUUCACAGCCUGGACAAGAUGAAAAAAGCCAUGCUCAGAAUUUCAGCCAAUCAGCUUCCAUUUUACCAAGUCAGCCACCUGCUCACCAGGACUCGAUUCCCCACACUGCUGUCCACCAGCAGCUCCAGCCCCUGCAGAGUUCAGCCUGUCUCUCAUCAUCUCAGCCAUCCCAGUUUCCUUCACAAUACCCCACAGUCCAGGUGAUGGCAGCUGUGGCUGACCCUGAAUCUGCCUACCUUCCUCCCUGCACUGCUCCCCACCCUUCCACCUCCUCUUCCCUGACUCACAUCUUCCUCUCUCCUGGAUUUCCCGUCCCCGUCACCCCCUCCGUCUCUCCCCUUUCCCCUCUGCACAUUGAAAACGCAUUAAUUUCACCCACCCCAGCGUCCCUCGCUGUGCUAUCCCCCUCACCUGUGCGGGGUGUGGUGCAACCCACCUCACCACAACACCAACCCACAGCUGCUAGAUCUGAGGCUUCUCAGAUGCAGCCUUCGUUUAUAGCGACACUAACUAGCCACCCUGUCCUCACAAACGCUGCUCCGUGCCAGAGCACACACCUUCCUGCAAAUGGCAGCUCUCAGCCGCUGAUAAAGGUUCCUCAGCAGACCCAGGAUGGGCCCAAUACACAGCAGGUUCAGCAUGCUCAGCUCAUACAGCCUGCAGUCUUCCCCUCACCUCUGCAGACUGAGGCCGAUCUGGCCGCAGCCACCGCGGCUAACCAGCUGGACAGUACUCAUUCCUGCCAGGUACCCCCACAGAGUCGGGUACAGGGCCAAAUCCCUGUGCUGCAGUCUUCUGACUCACAGAAGGCGUCCUCCAGACCCGCCUCUGGUUCUGCUUCCCAGCAGAAAAUCCCAGGCAGCGUCACAGGAGCGGCAGGUCAGGGCGCAUCAGAGAUUUAUGCGGAGGAGCAUCCUGCUGAAAAGCGCACAGGAGGGCAGAGCUGGGACAGCAUCAACUCUGACGUGACAUCAGGAAGAGAGAUGAGUGACGGCAACGAAGGGACACACGGAGGCAGAGGCGAAGGAAAACAGCGCAGACACCGCAAGUCCUCGCGCACUCGAGCCCGACAGGAGAAAUGUGGCAAGCCGAAGCUCAGCAUGCUCAACGUAUGCAACACCGGGGAUAAGAUGGUAGAGUGCCAGCUAGAAACUCAUAAUCACAAGAUGGUAACUUUCAAGUUUGACCUGGAUGGAGAUGCGCCGGAGGAAAUUGCUACUUACAUGGUGGAGAAUGAUUUCAUUCUGCCCCUGGAAAAAGAGAUCUUCAUUGAACAGCUGAAAGACAUCGUAGACAAGGCCGAAGACAUGCUGAGUGAGGACACGGAGGGCGAGAGGAACUCCGACCAGGAAUGUAACAAACUGAGCGAAGGAGCCGGUGCGCUGGGAUCGGAGGCUUCAGAACCCAUCACUCCCCAGCUGGUAUAUCAACAAAACGUCCUGCACACUGGAAAGCGCUGGUUUAUUAUCUGCCCUGUGGAUGAAACGUUCAUGCAAGAUAAAGACGGCACUUCAACGCACACCUUUACAGCACAGGAGCAUGAAACGUCUGGCUCGUUGUCAGCCGGGUCCAGCGGCACCACGGCUACUUUAACAACCCCGGUCACAUCUUUACCGUCCCAAAGCCCUACCGCCUCCUCUGCACCCACCUUAGCGCACCUCCCAGACCAAACUAUCAGCGAGUCCCAGGUCCAGCAGAGCCAGCCCAGUGUUACCAAACGUACCCUUACAACCGGGAGCAUCAGCCAUGACACCUCCUUUCCGGUGGAAGAACCUUCCCUCUCCGCUGUGUCUAUGGUAGCAGACAUGCCGUGUUGCCCCAUCGUGCCUCCCAUCUCCGUGGAUGCUAAUACCGCGGAUAAAGAAGCCGGAGCCGACGUUUUGAUCUCGUCGCUAAACAAUCAGCCAAAUCAGACGGCCAGCCCCGCUGAAGAACAAGCUCCUCAGCUGGCCUGCAAACAGCCUGUGGUCCUGCAGCAGCCUUAUGCCACGCCCAUCCAGCCCGGGACGGUGACCCCUCAGCCCCAAAGUCCUGCACAUCAGAACCCGCAAUCUUCAAGUCAGCAGCAAGGGGAGUCGGACGGAGAGGGGCCCCCCAGGGGGGAGUUUGUGGACCGGACCAUCAAGACUUUAGAUGAAAAGCUCCGAAACCUGUUGUACCAGGAACACGCGCCCUCACAGCCUUCCAGCACAACCUCUGAGGCCCAGUCCUCCAGCACAGAUAGACUGAGCUCCUCUCCGGUCUCAGAUGGGCACAGCGCAGAGACCGUGCCAAAGAAAAAGAUGGAACCAAUGCCACAAAUUCUUGAGCGGACGGAUUGUGUGGGUGCGUCAAGCGACUCUGCAGCGGCAGCCUGCAGCACAACAAAAGACACGAAAACAGAAGUGUGUGGAGGCUCCAGUUCACACAAGCCCAAAAGCCAUUUUCAGAUCAUCCCCACACCACCUGAUGCCAUUUGCUGUUCGGAUAAAAGCAAAACAAGCUGCAGCUCAGCAGCACCCUCUAGUGGUUCUGACGGGUCUCGCAGGCAGACUCAGGGCACUGACGGGAAAGGCAGCGGCCAUGGGGUGGCGCGCAGGACCUCGAUGACGUCUGCACCUGCUAAUAAGAGCGCAGGAUCAUCCAAUCCCCACAGCGAAAGCCGAAACUCUGCCCCGCCAAACUUCGGUCACACCACUCCCACUUCCAGUCCCGAUACCACGCCACAUCACAUCCCGCGAGCCCAAACUAUCGACGCAACAACCCACCGCCACUGUCGUCCCUCGCCUCAGUUUUACUCCGACUCCGCUGACGAAGACAGCAGCAGUAUGGCCCUUCCUCCAGCCCAUGCCGCUCCGCCCGCUCACACUGAGCACAGCGGAAGUGACCUCGUCAAGAGGGCCGUCGCCUUCUGGCGGCGCUCCGGGCGGAGCAAAAGCGAGCAGAGCUCUGAAUCACCGAGCUGCCGUCCUGUUGCCAUGAACGGCCACACUCCUUCACCUUCUGUUGGACAUUUCCCCCCUGCCAUCAGCAGCGACAAUGACUCAGAGUUUGAGGACGCAGAUAUGAAGAAAGAGCUCCAGAAGCUUAGAGAAAAACACGUGAAGGAGAUCUCUGAGCUGCAGGCAUUGCAGAGGAGUGAGAUUGAACGUCUGUACAAAGAGCUGGGAAAGACGAUACCGCCUCAAGUCGGCCUGCUCCACGCUGCUCCCCCGACCGGCCGGAGGCGCAAAUCCAGCAAACACAAACUAAAACCUGGGAAACUGCUCAAUCCGAUGGUGCAACAGCUCAGAAACAACCCCAAAAGCAACAGCGGGGAGAAGAAAGGAGAAAGUGCUGCCAGUUCAUCCAGCUCCCCGGCUAAAAGUUCGCUUCUGUCAGAUGGUUCUGCCCACUCCAGUUGCAGCUCCGCCUCCAACAAUCAACCCAGCAGAGGCCAAGAGCAGGUUCACACCCAGCAGCCCUGCUCCCUGAAAGGCUCUUUCUCCUCAGACAACAUCUACGCCGGAAGACACGCCGACGGCACGGCCAACCGAGCUGGUCCUGGCCAAGGCUGGACGGUUUACCACCAAACGUCAGAGAGAGUCACCUAUAAAUCUAGUAGCAAACCACGCACUAGAUUCCUCAGUGGACCUGUGUCUCUGUCCAUCUGGUCCACUCUGAAACGACUAUGUCUAGGCAAAGAGCGCAGUAGUAGGUCCUCUCUCAACACCACCGCGGCACAGGCCGCCUCGGGUCAAAUUCAGCCAUCACUCACCACAGCAACACAGUCGACCUCUCCUCAGCCAUUCGCAAGGCUCGCUCAGGUCCAGACCAACAACAGCAACAACAAGAGAGGCACUUUUACCGAGGAUCUUCACAAACUGGUGGAUGACUGGACCAAGGAGACUCUGGCGGCCACGCGGCCACGAACCUCCCUGAACAGGAUGAGACGGCCGACCCGCCAACAAGCCACAGAGGGCAGACCUGCACAGAUGGGUCCAGUUGCAUGUGAGAUGAAAUGCCACAAUGUUCCCAGCAACUUGCGGCUACCUCUCUCAUGCCCAAAGACUGCCGCUUUAGGCCCUAAUAUGCCUGCAAAUCUAGCACCAAACUCUUCCACGGUGCAUCCUCCUGGCUACCAUGUGCAAUCAGACUCCUAUGGUGGGAUGGCACCCGCUUCUCUGUAUUUGCAGCAGUGGCCUGGGAUGCGUAGUCCUGUAGCGUCCGUGGUUCCUGUACGAUUGCUUGGUGCGCCAAGAGCAAUUCACUACGCCACAAUAUCAAACCCAGGGAUCCAAGCCUACCCGUAUGCCAUGCACAACCCUGAGAAUGGGCCCUUCCCGAAAACCACUAGGACUACCUGAUCUGCUAAUCGUUGGGUUGGUGUGUCCUCAGGACAGACCGAUUUUUGCUCUGCUUUGUGCACCAGAGCCACACAUGUACAUAGUUUGGACCCUGUACAUGUCAUGCUAAAGUGUUACUAUUCUUUCUAAAAAUGCAUAUAUGUGUCGCUAAUUGUGUAUAAGUAUGUGUAUGUUAUACAGUAUGUGUUAUGUCUGAAUACCUACUGCUUUUUUGGCUUUGUUCUUAGCUAAACUCAGCCAUACAAGACAUUUUAUCUGCACUCACAAUAACCAGUUUUUACUGCUUUUUUUUUUUUUUUUUUUUUUGUCACGUUUGCCUUUCUGUUGAAACACACUGCAUUGGAAUCCAAAUACUAGUGGCUUAAGAGUCAGCGAGAGGACAGUAUCUUAAAUAAAUGACAUUUUUUGCAGGAAUGUAGUGCCUUGAAAAUUUAUUUCUGUAUAUAUUUUCUUUCAAACCAAGCAUUUCUGCAUCCAAGUUAUUUCAUUUUUUAAGGUAGCUUGAGUGUAUAUUUUCUUUUUUUUGGUUUGGUUUUCAUAUAAAUGCCCUUAUUGUACUGCACUAAUACCACAGUAUAUAAUCUUAUUUAAACGAUAGAAAUAUGGUUUGACUCUUGUUUACUUUCCACCCCAUUGACAAACGGAAUGCCAUAGCGAGGACAUGAUCUGAUGCCUUCAGAAACAAAUGACCAAUGUAUGAUGAGGUUAGGGGAAAGGGUAGAAGCCAGCGUCCAAAUCCACUUAAUUCAGGUCAAAUGGUUCAGCUGGAUAAAGCCUCUUUUUUGUGUUUGUUUUUUGAUUGGAGAACCAACUCAUUGGACAGCACAGGAGCUUCCAGUGUUCAAAGGAGAGCCAGUGUCCAGAGCCAUAUAAUACUGUACAUAGGUCUUUCCACAGUAGAUGCCUCUGGUAGUUUUGUGAAUCAGAAUGUAGCAAGUAAUGUGAUUUCUUUUUUGUUUAUUUUAUUUUUUGAGGCUUAAAAGUGCAAUUCAACCCCUUUCCACAAAGCUUUGAUCGUGGCCUUGCCACAAGCCUUAUCUUUAAUGUGCGCAAGAGGAGCAAGCUGAAAGGUUGAACAAAUUUCCAAUCUACCAAACCGCAGUCAGCAGUUACCAGACAAAUUAUCAAUAUCACAAGCCACCCAGUAAACGAUGAAUUUAUCACAGCUUAAUCUUCGUUCAACUUGCCUAGUACUCAGCAUACAUUGUAUGUUGAGUAUUUUGUGCAAUCACCUGUUUAAUUUGAUGUUUUAACCUGUUUGAUGUGUUUAAGUUUUUCCCUUUUUUUAUGCUGCUAUUUAUCAAGGUGAUUUUCGCUGUACAGCUAAACUUUUCUUUCCUGUUUGAGGGUACAAAGGAGAUGCUCAUAAAGCAGUGUUAUUGCCUUAUUAAAGGACUGGUGUGUUGUUGUUUUUUUUUAUGACAGCCUAUUUAAUUUUGUCUGCAUUUAUUUUCAGUAAUUUCUUUUUUUUUUUCCUUCAACAUUAAACUGAAACUUGAUGUCAGAGAUUUGCACAACAUAUGGUCUGUCCUUUUUUCCUUCUGUGUUAGAAGUUCCUUCUCUGUAUAUAUUAAUGGGGUUUCAUCACUGACUAGCAUGGCUAAUGUUUCAUCUUUUCACAAAACGUAGAAACAGUACAGAUAGGUUAGAAAUUUAACAUCUGCACAACCCCGGUCCUGCCAAAGCUGUGAAUUGUAAAGUUUUUUUUUUUUUCUUGUAGCUUGUAUUUGUACAUUUUAUUUUGACUCUUAAAAGUGUGUGGAGGGGGGGGAGGAGGGUGCUUUAAUGUAUAUUACUCCAUCAAUUCGGUUUGAAUUGGAUUUUUGUAGGAUAUUAUGCAGAGUCUUCUGCUUUGGUGAAAUACUUCCAAUUGUAAGAGAUUUCUGUUCUCUGUCACUUGUAUCUUGUAUGUUCUACUUUUCCUAGCUGCUAAUUUGUGGCGAGCAUGGGAGGAGGUAACCAAUACUGGUAUAUAUUUGGGAGCAGUGAUCAACUGGGGUAGUUAAAAGUGCACAGAGGAGAAGGAGCAUCCCAACACUUUUUUCCUCUGCACAUCUCUUUUUUUUUGUCUGGGAGUACCUGCCCCUAGGGAUAAUGCUCCAGUUGUGACUGGCCUGUAUUUGAACUGUGUGAGAUUGCUUUGCCUGCUGUAAGUCCCAUUGCAUUACCCCACCCUGUCCGGAUGGACUCUUAAUCACAGACUGUGUGUUGAGAGAGAAAUAAAUAUUUUGUGCUUGAUUAA